GGUUUCAGGAAAUAGGUUUAUUAUGUUUACAAUAAUAUCUCGUCUAACUAGAGAAUUAAUACCUCAGUGCAUUUUCACUACACAUUUUAGAAAUUAAUGAGAAUGUUGUGGAUCAAGUAAGUAGGACACGAAUCCCAAUUCAUUUAGUCUAUAUCUACUUAUAAAAUUGGUAUACCAAUUUAUUUACAAUUAUUUUUUUAUGUAAUGAAUUGUAAUGCUAGGACAAAAAUAAAUUGAAGCCUAAAUAUAAAAAAAAAAUUACGGCAAUCCUCCGAAGUCCGGUCCCAAAUUAUUUCGUAUGAAAGAAUUUGCAAUGCACAGUGUGUAUUGUUAGAAAACAGCAGAACUGUCAGUCAUAGCUUUUGCAAAUAACUGUCGCUUUACAAACCAAUCAGUAAAUUAGUAAAUACUAAAUAUUGUAAUUGGCUCAUCUCAUAGUCAUAGCAUUUGCAAAUAGCAGCCGAAAACGUUCUGCUUGUGACUGUUGCACCACUGAAGGUGGCAAAUAGUAAUAGACCGAGACUAGUACCACUGUAAUAGCGGAGUUUACGUUUCGCUUGCAUCCCAAGUCUUUCAAUAAUUUAUGUGUGAAUGUCCUGGUAUACUGUCUACUGGAUCAACAAAUUCACGCACGUGCACAAUGACAGCGUGAGCAUAAAUCCCGUUGUUGAGCUGAGCGACAUUUUGAUAUCCUCGCCAAGCGUCAGUGACGAUAGUUGUCCCUGGCAACACAUGAUUAGUGAUAAUGCGCUCGAGUGUUUGUGCAUCUCGAUGGCCGACAGCCUCCAUCCAACAUUGUCCACUAACGCAAUCAUGAAUUUCAAAACAGAAUGAUGUCCAAGACUUUUAAGUAAGGAGUAAUCAUUCGAAAUAAUUUGGGACCGGACUUCAGAGGAUUGCCAAAAUUACUAUACAAAAAAAAAACAACCUAAAAUUAAAAAUUAUAUAAAUUGCAGGCUAUCGCGCAUAUGCUUAUCUUAUGCUAUGUCAAAGUCUAUACGCCUAAAUAAAUUUUUAAAAACCUAUAAUUUAUAAAUCAGUUUACUUUGUUAAUAAUAGAAAACUUAUUAGUAGUGUUAGUGUUAACUACUAACCAUAACACUCACAACUGACAAAAAAAUUGAGUACAUUCAAGAAUAGUAAUUUCUUGAAUCUGAAGUAAAAGAUAAUAAAAAUAAUGCUUUGGAUAUCUUAGUUAAUGCUCUCCCAUGUGACUGCAAUACUAAACACAAGAAAAUGACUUUUUAACCUUUUCAUUACCGCUGGUUUUGGGGCAUCAAUCUUUGCUGACUCAGCAAUAAAAAAACUUUAAAAGAAGAAAUUUUAUGUACUUUUCAUUCUCUAGCUUUUAACUUCGUAUAUAGAUUAACUUUUUCUCUCCGGAUCAACACUCCCAUCGUAGAUUUUAAAUGAGGUUUCUGGCAAAUCGACCAUGGCAUCAUUGAUGUAUAAAAGACCUUUUAAAUUCGGUUCUUCGCUUAGCUAUUGGGAUUUUAGUUAUUUUAAAUCAAAUAUAGAAUGAUUUCCCUUUGAAAAAAAUCCGGCAUUUCUGUUUUUGAACUAUUUUUUUAAAAUUGAACAAAGUGUUUGAAGGGGUUGUUUUGAUUAUUUUUGUUUACAAACAUGAAAUCUUGCCCUGACCCAUCUGGUGAUCGAUCUAAUAAAGGUUGAAAUAUUACUCUGAUGGUGAUUCAGACUGUGAUUUUAUGAUUUUAAACGUAGAACUGAUUCUGAUGAAUCUUAUAAAUAAUUUUAAUACUAGUACUAGUAUAAGUAGUACUAGUGACAAAAUAAUGCGGUAAUUCAUCAGCUGAUAACAAACAGCCCGCCCCCAGCUAAAGUGCCUUCUAGAAGAGCUAAUACUGUUCCAACUAUAAAUAAUUUAGAUUCUAAAAGGAAAGCUGCUGAACUUAGCACUAAAACUGAGUGAAAUUUCAGAUUUUUACCUUUCGAAAAAUAUAGGUGUAAAUUUUGAGCUUGUAUUGUGACUAGUAAGUCAAAUGACAUUGACUGGUUUAUUUUUACUUUGCUAGACACACAUAUUAUUCACAAGCUUGCACUCUCAAAAAAUGAGUGUGCCUCCUACAGAAUUAAAAUCAAAACCCCCAACAAGACUUAUCAGGGCAAAUCAUGUGCCUAAAAGGGACAGUGUGCAAACAUAGAACAGGACAAACUGUACUGGCAUACUAGUCAAUGUGAGUGAAGUCCACAUAUCCAUAUGGAAUUUUUUCAGCCUUAACAUAGCUAAAUCCAGAUGAAAAUGUAUGACAAAUUUAUGGUAAAUUUUCCAUUUACCAUAAUAAAUGUUAGUACAUACAAGGAUACAAUGCAAAUAUUUUCUAAUAACAACAGAUUGUUUGCAGUGGAAAUAGUUGGGUUUUUUUUCGGACAUAUUUUCUGUGAUGGUGACAAUUGAUAAUGUGCUCUGGUGUUAAUUUUUGUCUUUUUUUUAAAGUUGAUCUUUAUUAUUUGUGAUGCUCAUAUGGAUACAGUUCAGAAAAAACACAUUUUUGUUACAAAUUGGAUUAUAUAUUUCUCUUUGUGUGACUUGGAAUUAGCGUUUGUGAAUAGUUGGUGAGUUUUUUUAUUUAAAAAUUUUUUAUUUUCCUUAAAUCAUAAUCACAUUUAUAUAUUAAAAUUUUAACCCAAUUCUGUAUUGUUUGCAAAGAGCAUGCAUUCCCCUUUAAUUCCACACCAAACAUAACAUUUUCUGAUGAAAAACAAAUAAGUUAUUAUGGGUUAGAGACAUCAUUGUAGUGCGUAACAAAUAGGCAAAAUGGAUAAUUCAGUCAUAAGGCAGAAAAUAAUUCCGGAGAGAAAUAGUUAACGAAUAAAGAAAUAUGUAGCAUUGAAAUAAUAUGUCCAUGUGACGUCCUUGGUAUUUCAGAAAAGUUCUUUGCUUCUUUGUUAUGACGACAAUGUGAUUUCCUUGGUCAUUGAAAGUGGGCGAUCGUGACGCAGCGUCGAUGUCAUCGAUAGAGAAAGGGUUAAGAUAUUACAAUUAGAUUUAUUAUUUAUUGAUCCAAAUGAUAAAUGAAUUGAUUUGAAAUGUUUUUUUAUUACAGAUAUUACCAUGUUCAAUGUACAUAUUCAUUAUCAGCACACAGACAAAUAUUCCUUAGAAAACUAAAUUUUAAAACAAGUAUCAUUUAAACAAAAGUCAUUUGAAGUAUUUCUCAAGCCCAAUAAUCAGUCAUCUUAUAACAUAUAUGUAAACUAUAGAAAUCCACUCCCUUGGUAACCAAUAUAGACUAUAGAAGCCCCCUCCCUUGGUAACCAACAUAGACUAUAGAAACCCACUCCCUUGGUGAUCAACAUAGACUAUAGAAGCCCACUCCCUUGAGUGAUCAGUGACCGUGUUGACUUUAACCCUCAGACCUGUUUACUCUUACGAGUAUGGUAUAGAAUGUACAAUUUUGAGAUGUCUUUAUAAUUGUACACAGAGACCUAUAAGAGCUAUGAUUUUUUAGACCUGGUUAAACAAAUAGUAAUACUAAAUAAAACAAAGUUUUCGUUUGUUAAGUUUAGCUUCUUUCCACACCUGGUGGUGAAUGGACAGAGAAAUAUGAUUGGCUUGGGACCAUCCUUAAUUAUAUUAAGUAUGCAGCUGGAAAGGGGAUGGUGUGGACUUGGAAUCAUAUGAGUGUGUUGGGAACGCUUUUCAUAAUGAUCAUCAUAUUGUUGCUUUGUAUUUUCACAAUGAACUUGCUAGAUACAGAAACGGUAAAAUUUAGCAUACUCACCCCAGUGAGAAAUUUAGUAAAUAUUCGCUUUUGUUUGUUUUUUGUGCUGUAUAAUGUAGCUUUGUGAUGUGACAUAGUUAUUUAAUUCUUUGGUUGAAAAUCGACGAUUGUGAAAAUGGAGAUAACUACCGAUAUAUUUUUUUGUUUAAUACAUUUUCAAUUGCUCUGCCCAGAAGUGUUAGAUUUUAAAAUAUUUUAUAAAAUCUAGUAAGCUGCAUUUUGAAAUCUAUUUUUAAAAGUCACUAUAAACAGCUGUACAAUUUUCAUAUGCCAGUAGUUCUUUUCUCCCAAUACAGCUUGUGGUAGUUAUUAAACUACAGUAUGUUAACUGGAAAUAAAAUCAGGCUCCUAGGCUUAAUGCAAGGGUGGGAAAUUCGCAGUUCAUCACAUUGAAUAUAGUGGACUGCUGGCUGUAUGAAAAAUUAAUUUAUCUCUUCAUGUCAGUUAUUAUUUAUUUUCAUUUUUGGCAUAAACGCACAUUUGAAAUAUAUUUACAUCAUGUUUUUUGUGACAGUACACACCAUUUCGGUGUACCUGCCCCUUUUUUGUCUGAUUUAAAAAAAAUGUAUUGAAAUAAGUAGUGUAAUAAAUUAUAAAACAAUUGUAUUAUUGAGUAAAUACUAAAUUAAAAAGUAUUUAUAUAAACACACUUGUACUUGGGUGGAUCCAGAGGCUAACCUCAGUUUCCGCUCCCAACUGCAUCUUCAGAAUAUCAAAGUGGCAAAUGAUGACACAUUUUUAUUUGCAAUGGUGCACUAUACUAUAUAAAGAUAUAAACAUCAGUUAUUUACUUUGAGAAGUGACCUUUAUUAGACACGCGAUGUGACUAGCUAUUGUAUGCAUUGUACUGUAUGUUUAUGCAUUGUACUGCAUGUUUAUUUACUAUUGCUAUAUGGUAUUGUAAGAUUUUGAGAUGGUGAUGUACUAUUCUGAGACUAUAUUGUACUUUUUUGGGAGUUCCCAUGUUACCAGGUCUGAACCCUAUAACUGUCAAUUGCAUUUUUCUGUGGCGUCGAGCCAUUUUUAGCAUUUUCAUAAGCUUGUGAAAAUGACAAAAUCCUAUUCUAAAUGAAUUCAGAGACUCUUAUUAUAAGUAUACACUUCCUGAAAGUACAUUGGACAAGAUAUCUAAUGGUAUGUUUGGUAUGAAAAGAAGUUGAUUUUAUAUUUUGAAUGUUAGCAUUGCCUUUACCUUUACAGAGUGAGUAAAAUUUUACUUCUCAAUUUCUGCAUUCAAACCCAACCCAAUCUCACUAUUUUUUUCUAUCAUCACAUCUGGUUUUUUAGAUACUAAAGUAAAUAUCCUUUCAGAAAAUUUCAAGAUAUAGGUCUUUAACAAUACGAUUAAGCUUAAGGCUAUAAUUGUCUGUAUCUGACUUGUGUCACCGUCAGGGCUAGAGCUGAUGCUGUCAUUACUAGAGCUGAUGCUGUCAUUACUAGAGUUGAUGCUGUCAUUACUAGAGCUGAUGCUGUCAUUACUAGAAUUUGGAAUAUCUCUGAAAUCAUUGCUAUCAUUUUCAUUCCAAUAAAGAAAGUAUGUGUUAAUGUUGCAUUCUAAUGCAGGGCCUUCUCCAGCAUCAGAUCUAACGGCAUUCACAACUGUUGAGCGAAUUUCACUCCCAAAUAAUCUCAAAACCUGAUAAAAGUAGGUUUACACACAGAUAGAACUCAUUUCCAUAGAGUGGUCCCCCUUACCGAAAGAAAAUUAGGGGUGAUGGCUGACAGGUCGACCAAGAAUAAGAUGUAUUGACAAUGUAGAGAGGGACUUACACCAACUGGGGAUCCACACAUGGAGACGGAAAGUCAUGGAUCGAUCUGAAUGGUGGUGCCGGCCAGUGCCCUACAUGAGCUGCAGCACCACUGAUGAUUCUUUUUCCCUUAACCAACGUACAUUAAAUCAUUAGCAUUUUGAAAGACAUUUUGCUAAGGGCAUUACGGCAAAUUUACUGCCAUUGGGACAGUUAUAAGUUUAUUAUUAUUAUUACUUAGAUUUUAUAAUUUUAUAACAAAAAUAGCAACUGAGCCUUACCCCAGUUUAACAGGAAGCAAGGGAAAGUGCACUGUGCUCUAUUCAACAAAGAAGGUUACACUGACUACUGUCAUAAGAAUACUUUGACUUCAUUCAGUCAAUGUUGAUUUGCUUAAGGUUAAUACUAUGUGGGCAAAUAGGCUAUAGAAAAGUGGUGGCCUGUUUGUGGCAGCAUGCGACCUUCCACUUUAAAUAUUGCGGACCAUGGAUGGCUCAUUCAUCACAAAUAAACUAAUUAGUUCUGCAUUUACUUAUUACUAAGAAAUCUAUUUUAAAAAGGAAGUGAGAGAAAAUAUAAACGAAAAUCACAUUAGUUUAGUUUUGUUUUAUUAUUAUUCAACUCAUAAUGUGCUUUAAAGAAAGACAAUGACCUCUAGACAACAUUUAAUGGGUGUUUAUUUAAAUAUUUUAACAUUAGGUGUAAUGACAUGUGGCCUGCAAAAGGUUCACCCGCUAUCAAAGUUGCCAUUUAAGCCUUUCGGUCCACCAUCCCUGCUGUAGAACAAGAAUAAAACAAAAUGUAGGGAACGUAGAUUUUUUGAAACUUUAAGUUCCAGUCAUGUUUUUUUGUUUCUUGCUAUCAUUAUGAGAGCGUGCACCAUCACAUAAUUGAGUCAUAACUCUACUUCCUGUUCCUAUAAAAAUGCUUAUUCUUUAUUAUAUUUGAGUUGUUAAUCUUUUAAAAAAAAAAAACAUGCCAUGCUCACAGUGCAAAUUACAUAUUAUGUGGAUUAUGAAAUUUUUGUCAGGUUCAACAAAACUAUAAAAGGUUGAAAACUCAUCUGCUAGGCUAGUUCUAAAGGCAAAAAAAUGUGACCAGAUCACUCCACUCACUUCAUUGGCUCCCUAUAAAUGCACGCAUUGAUUACAAGCUGUCUGUUCUCUGUCACAAAUUUUUCUUGGAUUUCUGCCCUUCCUAUCUAACCGAACUUCUUUCUGUCUAUUCACCCCUUCGACAGCUUUGCUCCUCCGCAGGCACGCAUAUUCUGUCGGUUCCCAAGACACCCAUUAAAACAUAUGGUGAACGAUCUUUCUCUUUCUGUGCCCCCAAACAAUGGAAUUCUCUCCCACUACACAUCCGCAAUAUCCUGACCAUCCAGGCCUUCAAAACUACUCUCAAAACACAUCUCUUUAAAUCCUACUAUCCCAACUGAUUGCCCCACUCUGACCAAUAAACGACGCUCCUGGGUGCCGUCCAUGGCUUGACAUGUAAAAUUUAUUUCUGGUGUUGGUGGUGUGAAUAUACUUUUGUUUUGUUUUUAUACAGCUGUUUUUUACUUAAAUAAAUGCAUGUUAUUUUUUAAUGUCAUGAUUAUGUUUGCUACUUUUUUUAUAUGCAGUGUGGUGAGCCCAGCGGGGGUACCGCGCUAUAUAUGACCACUAAUAAUCAUAAUAAGAUAAAAAUUUAUUAUUUUCUAUUGUUUAGAAAAUUCCCCCAUACUCAGGAGAAUUCCUUAUAAAAUGCUGCGGUGAUAAAUAUCGCUACUAUUACCAUAGUGCCCAUGGCAAUGGCAUACCCCCCAAAUGCAAAUGGUGGAGCAGGAUCCCCCAAAGAGAACAAAAAUAAUGGCGACUCUUCCAAGACCUUUGGAGUCUCCAAUGGGGAAGUCACAGAUUCUGAGCCCCCCGUUGUUACGACUGACAGAUACGGCUUCCUAGGGGGGAAUCAGUACACAGAUCCAGAGUUGUAAGUAACUGCUUUGGUCUUUAUUUAAAAAUAGAAGUAGAUCAUAAUGAGUCCAAGCCUGGCCAACAUGAUUUGAUUUGAUAAAUUAAAAUACAAACUUAAAGUAGGUUAUAUCAUUAUUAUUAGGAAAUUUAUUUUUAAUCUGAUUUCUAAGUACAUUAAAGUUGUUAAAUUUAAAGGAUUUUGAGUUUUAUCAGCGUCAGUUCAAAAUACCUGAACCACUGUCAGGUCUCCAUUGGCAACUAAUUUUUACAGUAAAUAUGUAUACAAAAAUUGAUUUGACAGAGAUAUGGUAUCAUCCUUUCAUUUAUUAAAUUAAUAUAAUUUAUGAAAAGAACCCAUUAUGAAUAAAUUUACCUGAUCUAGAUCGGAACUGUGCAGUGAGAUGGUGCCACAUGUUCCGCACGAAAAAUGUCUCCAAGAAGGGGACAGAAGAGAGUAUAUUAAGUUACGUUAGAAUGAUGAAGCCAUAUGGCGAUACAAAAGAGAUAUUGAAUAGCAUACUACCAGAUUGUCCAUCACCAUGGUAACAGAAAUGUAUUGAGUACAGACUGUUCAAACAUAGCAGUACUGUAUAAUCAUAUAUCUUUCAGCAUUAACCACAUUAUAUUAUUUAGUAUAUGUUGACAUUUUUUACUUGCUGUGUGUGUGGACAUUUCAUAAACGACUAGGUUGUGCUGCGUACGGUCUAGAUAAAACUGGUUUUAAGAGAUAUUAAAUUCUGUCCUACAAAAGGGGACUUUUUUAUCUUUGUUUUUUUUUUACCUCAUGUAACGGAAUUUUGUUUAAACCAAGGAGGUAUAAUAUUCUUUUAACCAUGUCAAAUGAGACCAACGGCAAGUAGGUCACAUUCACUCCUCAGCAGCACAUGCUAGCAAGUGAUAUUGGCUGUCAUUUCUUAUUAGUUAGAGAUACCCCAAGGCAUAGUCUUUCUUAAAGAAAGUAAGGGCCUCCCCCUCCCCCACCCCACAUUAUGUUGCCAUUCAAAGUUUUAUUUAAAAAUUUAAAGAAAAGCCAAAAACAAUUAAAAAGGAUACACAUCACAGCUAGAUCACUUCUUCUCCAACAAAUGCGUCGAUAAAGAAUAAUUUUGGAUCCAUUUCAGUGAGAGGAGACUGCCACAGGAAAAGCUGAGAAAACGAGAGACCAAGUGGCUUGACAUGUUUGUCAACUGGGACAAGUGGAUGUCCAAAAGAUUUAAAAAGGUUAGUAUGUAAUACUGUAAUGUGUAUUUAUACACUUUCUUUAUAGCAAUAUGUUCUCAAUGUGAGGAGCAUUGCAAAAGUGUUUCCGAAAGAAGAAAAAAGGUGAACUUUCUUAAUGUUUGGGAAAUUAACUCUGAACAAAAUCGGUCAUUAAAAAAUUGUCCCUUUGCUCUCCAGGUGAAAGAAAGAUGCCGAAAGGGGGUGCCCCCAUCAUUACGUGCUCGUGCAUGGCAACAUUUAUGUGGAAGUUUUUUCAUAAUGGAACAAAACAAAGGUGUAUUUGAGGUAACAAAUUGCUUUUUUUAUCAUAAAGUUAAACCCUUCCCUGCUUUCAUUCCAAGUAAAUGAGUUUGUCUGGGCGUGUUGCAUCAAAAAGUCGUCUUUAGUUUAAAAUGAGGCUCUGUAGCAAUGAGGCAAACAGAAAAUAAAACUUUCCUUGAAGACUGUCUUUGCUUCUCUAACAGAUGAAUAACAUAUUGAUCAAGUUGACCUUAGUCAUAAAUAUUGAUCAAGUUUACCGUAGUCAUAAAUAUUGACCAAGAUUACCUUAGCCAUAAAUAUUAACAAAGAUUAAAUAUUGACGGAAUUUACCUCAUUGUUUGAUGUAACUAAAAUUGACAGAAUCAACACCAGAUCUUGAUGGAUAUCAUAUUGAUUGCAUUAACCCUAGAAAUUGACGGAUAUCAAUAGGACCGACUCAGCCUUCGUAAUUAAUGUACUGGUAUGUCAAAUUUGCUGAAUUUGUCUUUAUAAUUGAUUAAUAACAUUUUUAACCAACUUUACAUGUUGUCAGGAAUAUCUAAGGCUUCCGGGAGAUCCCAAGUGCAUAGAUGAUAUCAACAAAGACCUGGAUCGCCAGUUCCCUCUGCAUGAGAUGUUUUUAUCAAAGGGUGGUGUUGGGUAGGUUGACCUUGAUAUUUUAAAUUUUUUCUUCCUGAAGGCUCUGGGACAAACACUCAGUAUGUACAAAUAGUAUACCUUGUUUAAAGGACAAACACAUAUGGGAAAUUACAAAUAACAGUCUGAUAGGUAGUAUUGUUAACAUUUUACCUGUUAAAUGUCUGAUUAGGAUAAUUAUUAGGGGUAUAAUUAAAUGUACUUUAAAAAAACAAAACAUCUAUAAAUAAAAACAAAUCAGGUAAUUUAGCUAUUUUAAACAUUUAUUGUUUAAGAAGAACAACCAAAGAAUCCAUUGAACUUUAUUUAUAUUAUUUUACAGUAUCCUUUAAAUUUUUUCUAUAAUUUCAACUAGUUAUGCUUGUAACUUAGUUUUAAUAAUCUUUAAAUUUUCCACCCCGCCAGACAAGAAUCUCUGUUUGAAGUUCUGAAGGCCUACACGAUACAUCGCCCUGUUGAGGGCUACUGCCAGGCCCAGGCCCCGAUAGCGGCAUUGCUCUUGAUGCAUAUGCCAGUGGAGCAGGCAUUCUGGUGUUUGGUGGUUAUAUGUGACAAGUAUAUCACUGGAUACUACAGUCCAGGAUUGGUAGGAACUUUAUUUCACUAUACCAUUAGUCUGCUUUCUUAACUUAAGUUCUUUUAUUUCACCUUUGAAUUGACAUUGUGGUGUUCAAGGUUGAGUGGUGAUUAUCAUGUCGGUUGGUUGGUGCAACUGAAGAUAAUUUAUCAAGGUUCAUGCCAGGAGGGAAUAAUUGACGGUGCCUUUUUUGCAGACACACUGAAAGGCUCGGGCGGUCUGCCUACAUCAGUUGCACCAUUCUUAGAGUUAAGGCUGUUGAAGUAGAUGCCAUAUCAUUGUUUUCUCUUUUUUUCUUGAUUAGGAAGCUGUGCAGUUGGACGGUGAUGUUUUAUUUGGACUCUUGAAGAAGACAUCCCCAUCUGUAUAUAAACACAUGGUUGGUACAUAUUAUUGUCUACUUAUUUCCCAUCAUCUUUUCACUCAGCCUAAUCAUAGUCAUAAACUAAAAUAUUUGUUUUCUUUGGGAAUUUUUGUUGUUGUUGAGUUACAUGUGUGCUUAAAACAAUCUUUGAGUACUUCAGCCCAGGGUCUAUCUGAGUCUACAAAUAUUAUUAUUUAUAUUAAAAAACCUAUCUAUUAUUAUUCUAUAAAUAUUCUAACAAGACCUUCCCCACAUAAUUCUAUACAUGUAUGCACACAAGACCUUCCUGAUAUAAUUCUAUACAUGUAUGAACACAAGACCUUCCCAACAUAAUUCUAUAAUGUAUGAACACAAGACCUUCCCCCACAUAAUUCUAUACAUGUAUGAACACAAGACCUCAACAUAAUUCUAUAAAUGUAUGAAUACAAGACCUUCCCCACAUAAUGAUCUACUUUGAAUUGUUCCAACAGAGGAAGCAGCAAAUAGAGCCCAUCAUGUUCAUGACAGAGUGGUUUAUGUGUGUAUACACACGCACUUUGCCUUGGACGGUGGUGCUGAGACUUUGGGAUCAAUUUCUUUGCGAAGGUUAGACUUCCUUAACUUAUUGUGUGGUUAGACUCCGUUGUUUAGUUGUGUGGUUAGAUUCUAUUGAUUUAUUGUGUGGUUAGACUCCACUGAUUAAUUGUGUGGUUAGACUUCAUUGUUUAUUUGUGUUGUUAACUUUUUUUUUAAUAACGAGGAAAGCCUCCAUUGUUUUUUCUAAAAUUUAUAAGUGGUAAUCCUGGAUUUGAGCGUCCCAAAUUAUUUAUCAUUUAUUUCUUACUUUACUUUAAGUAUAAGCAAUGUUACUUACAGUCAUUCUGUUAUUGUCCAUCAAAAGAACUUUGUUGGUCCACAAGACAGCUAAAUGCACACCCAAAAUGGGGAAAACAUGUUGAUCAGAGUGUGGAAAGAAAACUUGAGAGAGAAUUUGGAACUGGCCAUGGUCCAUUUCCUUAUCAUCUGCAUGAGUUCAUGUUUAAAGAUGCGAUAAGUGAUGGCAACGAUUUUGCUACAUUUCUUACUGUGGUUGCAGAGGCUUUUCUGUGUGAACAUUUCACAAAAAACUUUUAACCUGAAUCAAUGUUCAUUGAUUGUCAUAGAUUUUUAUAGACUUUAACUAAACUUUCAAUAGGAAUUGAUACGUUUUUAAUGUUGUGCUUACUAUAUAAUUUGGGAUGCUUAACUCCAGGAAACAGGAAGUAGAGUAAGAAAUAAAUCAUAAGUAUAAUUUGGGACAAUCCGCUCCGGGAUAAUCUUUUUUUAUUUUUUAUUAUAUAAACAGUAUUACUAUAAGAAAAUAUGUUUAAACCUUAACUGAGUUUCUUUGAAAGUAUUCUAGAGACAGUAAAUAACCUUAACUGAUUUGUACUUUACUCGAUAGAUUUACUGUUAAAAUUUUAAGUCUUUAGUGCACUGAAAGACAAAGAAAACUGUCAAAUGCUGCAUCACAUAAAGAUGUGAGAGUUUGGCAGUACAGCUGCUCUUAAAUCGAUUUUAAAAUUUAAAAACAAAAAAAAUGGUAAUCUCUUUAUUUUCUUAAUCAUUUAUUGUUUUUGCAGCCUCAAAAAAAUAAAUAUUCUUUAUGAUAAUUUAACUAUGGUUUGUCUCCAAUUACUGAUGUAAUUGAAUCAUCAUAUUUUAUAAAGGUGUAAAGGUCUUGUUUCGUGUGGGUCUGGUCUUGCUGAAAGUCGUGCUGGAAGGUCAGGACAAACUGUCCCAGUGCCCCAGCUUCUUUGACACCCUGGAGCGACUGCGGCUCCGAAAUCUGCCCGUCGAGCUGCAAGAUGAAGACUUUUUAUUUAGAGAAGUAAGCCAACGAUUUUUUUAUCAUUUAAAUAUGAUCUGCUGGGUGAAUCUUAGCUGCCAUCUGUUAGUUGUAGAGUUAAAUUUCCUUUCCAUUUUUAUUUUCCUAGUUCUUUGCAUAUGUUGAAAUCACUUCCUGUUUGAUCGGCAGUCACUGCGGUUGGGUGUCACAGAAAGGGACAUGGAGAGGGAGCAUCACAAACAAAUUGCCAGGCGCAAGGCAGCUAAGGAAGCCAAAGAAAAAGAAAAGCAGCUGGCCAGUGGUCAAGGAGCCACCGGAAAGAUGGAGAGCAGGACUAAAAGACGGUCAUAAUUAAGAGCCGGGUGCCUAGUAUCUCAUUCAUAUCUGUGUGUGUUCCUCAGUGACAAGAGAGUGUCAUGAUGAUUCGCCACUCCCUGUGAAUUAAGGUGAUCUUAUAGGGGUCACGGGCUCUGCAGCACUGGGACAAGAGAUUGACUGAUGACUGUGCCUAGGACCAUGGCAAAGAGGGCAUUGUACAAACUGAGAGCCACUGGAAUAAAUAUAUCCUUCUUUGGGAGAAAUCUCGG